AUGCCGCUACUCAGAGCCCUGCUAUCCAACCUCCCAACUCUCUCCCACCCCCUCCUCCUCACAACCGCUAUCGCCUUAAUUAGCCUCCCCUUCCUCUACUUCCACUUCAAAAUCUUCCCAAAACCCACCCGCUACCUCACACUCCUCUACCGCCGUAAAAUCCUCGGCCACACCAUCCCCAUCAGCGUAAACUACCACUUCACCCGCGUCUGCAACGCAGCCUGCAAGUUCUGCUUCCAUACCGAGCUAACCGGGUACCAUGCCCCUUUACCCACUGCUCAAAACGCGCUCAGGCUUCUCGCCGAAUCCGGCAUGCGCAAACUCAACUUCGCAGGCGGCGAGCCAUUCCUGUAUCCCAAGCACCUGGGCCAACUAUGCAAGUUCGCGAAAGAGGAGCUGCAGCUCGAGAGCGUGAGUAUUGUAUCAAACGGAACCCGCGUCUCGGAACAGUGGCUCGCGAACUGGGGCGCUUGGAUCGAUAUCCUAGCUAUCUCGUGUGAUUCUAUGAAGGCGGAGACGAAUCAGCUCAUCGGUCGCGCAGAACGGACGACUGGUGUGCCAUUCGACAAUGUCACGCAGCUCUUUAGGAUCCGGGAUUGGUGUCGGAAGUUUGGGGUCAGAUUCAAGUUGAAUACGGUUGUGUGUGCGAAGAAUUGGGAAGAGGAUAUGGUGGAUGUGGUGAGCGAGUUGGCGCCAUUUCGGUGGAAGGUGUUUCAGGUGCUGGUGGUGGAUGGGGAGAAUGAAAAUGAGACGAGGAGGAGGGAUGCGAGGAGUAUGGUGGUUACUGAUGAGGAGUUUGGAUGGUUUUGUAGGAGGCAUAAGGGGGUUAAGGGGUUUACUCCAGAGCCGAAUCGUUUGAUGAGGGCGAGUUAUUUGAUUUUAGAUGAGUAUCUCCACUUCCUGGACGCUGGUAAUGACAAGAGAAAGCACUCUGAUCCGAUAUUGGAGGUGGGUGUUCAGAAAGCGCUCAGCCAAGUCGAGUGGGAUGAGCAGGCGUUCAAUGAGAGAGGUGGAGUCUAUGAUUGGAGUAGAGAUGCUGGCGGUAAUGGGAAGACUGCUUGUAGUGGGGAGCUGGGCGGAGUGAAAUUGAGUGACCUGGAGUUCUGA